CCUGGCGGGGUGCAGAGGGGAGCUGUCAGGCUACCGAGGGAGGGAUUUUCCGUUGCCGGCCCUGGGCCCGGGCCUUGGAAGAGGAGAGCUCGCGCUGCUGCUGCUGCUGGACCCCCCCGCCCUCCAAUGGGGGGUUCAUGAGACCCUGAGCCUCUCUUCCUCCCCUCCCCGUAGGGCGGCCUGCCCUGGAACCCAGCAGAUAUGACAGAAUACAAACUAGUGGUGGUGGGUGCUGGUGGUGUUGGUAAGAGUGCAUUGACCAUACAAUUGAUCCAGAAUCACUUUGUGGACGAGUACGACCCCACAAUAGAGGAUUCAUACCGGAAGCAAGUGGUAAUUGAUGGAGAGACGUGUCUCUUGGAUAUCUUAGACACAGCUGGGCAAGAGGAGUACAGUGCCAUGCGUGAUCAGUACAUGAGGACAGGAGAAGGCUUCCUCUGUGUCUUUGCAAUCAACAACACAAAGUCUUUCGAAGAUGUUCACCACUACAGGGAACAAAUCAACCGUGUGAAGGACUCUGAUGAUGUUCCUAUGGUGCUUGUUGGCAAUAAGUGUGAUCUGCCCUCUCGGACGGUGGAUACCAAACAAGCACAGGAGCUAGCCAGAAGCUACGGAAUCCCCUUCGUAGAGACCUCUGCCAAAACCAGACAGGGAGUGGAGGAUGCUUUCUACACCCUGGUGCGAGAAAUCCGAAAACACAAGGAAAAGAUCAGCAAUGGGCGCAAGAAGAAAUCUUCCAAAAGGAAGUGUAUUAUCCUGUGAAGGAGAGACACUACUGCACUGUUGGGAGUGUGAAAAGCCCUUUGAGUUUGGGUAUUUUCCCAAGCUGCGAGAUAAAUUCUGAUGGCCAUGCCCCCUCACCCUUUUUGGCUGCAGUGCAAAGGCAGUAGAGUUCUUAAAAUGUCAAUUAUUUUACUAUUUUUAAAACUGGGACAUUGCAUCCAAUAUGAGGAAGAUUUGUAACCACAUCCGAUGUUCCUGUUGCUUCUUGCCCCUUCAUAAAAACAACAACCGUGUUUCCAGUCCUUAGGAUUAUAGAAGUCACUUCUAAAAAGUGACCUGUUGUAGCCUGAUCCUGCAGGUUAGAUGGAAGUGAUAGCGCAAAGGCAGUAUCUGGGUCAGAACCUUAGGGGCCUUUCUCAUUUUUGUAGCAUUUUCCCUACUUUGGUUCUCCAAAGGACUGAAGAGCAAGCCGCAUAGACUUGGUGCCACCUUUUUUUUCCUAGCAGGAGGAUAAGCAUAACUUUGGAUAGAGAAGUUCUGUUUAAAGGUGAAGGUGGCGAUGACAAAUGCCAAGAGAGAAAAUGUGGAAAGCCAAACCCUCUCUGUAGCUGAAUAUUUCAUCCCACUGUAUUAAAAUAGAUGGUGCUCAUUUUUCUUCUUCUGGGUGGCUGAGUUCUCUAUUGAGUUGUUUUCUUUCUUGUUUUCAUUUGGGUUGUUUUGCAUAAAUUGUGAGCAAAGAUUCCUCACCUUCAAAUGAUAGGGGGGGGGGAAUACACUUCCCAGCAAGCUUGAUCAGGAAUAUAUGGUGAUGAAAUAACAUCAAAGUGAGAGAUAGGUUUGAGUAACUGGUAAAAUGGCUUCCUCCAUCCAAAGGCAGUGGCAUCGGAUGGCUGUACAAUUCAUAACUGCUUUUCCUUGAAGACGGUUGAAUAUUGGCACCAAGAGGAACAUCCUUAUAUAAUCUGCCACUGUUGCCUCCUCUACUAAAUAGGUGUUCAUAUAUUGGAAGUAUAGUGAUGUUGACACACUUUAGAACAGAACAGAAGGGAGAAAUAUGAUCCAAAGAUUUCUUAAUUCCCUCUCCUUACUAGUCGCCUGGAUAUUUUGCCUAAUCCUUGACAGGAGGGAGUAUAGAUACUUCCCCUGUUCUCUCCCAGCCAAUUUUUAAGUAUGAAUUAUAGCCCUGUUAGUGCUUAAAAACAUCAGGUUCUAUGAUUUUUACAUGUCUCUGCCCCUUCCCUACAUCAACAACUCAGAAUCUUUUAUUAAUUGCUUUGGCCUUUUUCCAUGGCCCUAAGGGACUGUACAAUAAAUGCCACCACUUGGAAUAAACCUGUGAAUAAGCUA